AUGCUUUCUCUCCUAAUCUUGGUAGCUCAGACUCAGGCUAAAGAGCACCCAUUUCGAUCUAUCGUUAUUCUGUCGCUUCUGUUGCCAUUCUCGUACUUUGUGACCAACGAAUUUGUACGAAGAAAGGCCAGGAUACCAGGCUUCGACGGCCCGCCGGGAAAUCCAAUAUUCGGAAACAUCCCGGAUAUUAAGUACAACGCGGCAGAAAAGUACCGAGAGUGGUCAAAGACCUACGGAGACGUGUACCAGAUUCAGCUAGGAAACAUUCCUGUUAUUGUAUGUAACUCAGCUGAAGCAUGCCGUGUGAUAUUCGGUCAUUUCUCGCAAGCUCUCAGCUCGAGGCCAGUCUUCUACACCUUUCACAAGGUACUCUCCAAUACUGCAGGAACCACCAUCGGAACGUCACCAUUCAGCGAAAGUCUCAAACGACGCCGUAAAGGUGCCGCAUCUGCAUUGAAUAAGCCUUCCGUCGCCAGUUACAUCAACCAUCUAGAUGUAGAGACUCUAGCAUUCAUCAAGGAGGGCUUGGAAUAUGGAGCAACAGGUACACAGUCUGUGGAUCCAAUGCCUAUGAUACAGCGGUUGAGUUUGAGUCUGGCCCUAACUCUCAACUGGGGUACCCGUAUGGGUAGCAGAGAUGAUCCGCUAUUCCAUGAGAUCACGGAAGUUGAAGAGGAGAUCUCAAAGUUUCGCAGCACCAGUGGAAACCUGCAAGAUUACGUUCCUUUCCUUCGUCUGAACCCAUUCAGCGUUGGCUCAAAGAGAGCAAGAGAGAUGAGACAACGCCGAGAUGUUUACCUGACCAAGUUGAAUAAAGACCUAGACGACCGCAUGGAGAAGGGUACACACAAGCCUUGCAUCCAGGCCAAUAUCAUACAAGACAAGGAAGCGAAACUGAACAAGGAGGAGCUCACAAGUAUCAGCUUGACUAUGCUCAGUGGAGGACUCGAUACUGUAACAACACUGGUGACAUGGAGCAUCGCGCUCCUCGGACAAAGACCAGACGUGCAAGAAAAGGCAGUGAGAGAGAUCCGAAAAAUGUUCAGCGAGGACAACAUACUUUGCGACCCAGAAGAUGACAUGAAGUGCGAGUAUGUGAUGGCUUUGGUGAAGGAAUGUUUAAGAUAUUACACCGUACUCCGCUUGGCUCUGCCUCGGGCCACAGUCAAGGAUAUCACAUAUCAAGGCAACCUCAUUCCGGCAGGCACGACGGUAUAUCUGAAUGCUUGGGCCUGUAAUAUGGACCCGAAGGUGUGGAAGGAUCCGGAUGUCUUCAGGCCAGAAAGAUGGAUUGAACAGCCAGAUGCGCCUCUUUUCACAUACGGUGUAGGAUAUCGAAUGUGUGCUGGGAGCUUACUCGCAAACCGAGAGUUAUACCUUGUGUUUAUGAGAAUGCUGAGCUGCUUCGAGAUCGAGAAAGGGACAGAUGUGGAAACACACCCAGUCAAGGGUAGUUCUGAUCCAACGAGCCUGGUUACGUUGCCGCAUCGCUACGAAGUCAAGUUCAGACCAAGAAACCAGGCAAAACUCAGAGAUCAAGUGCAGGCUAGGGAGAAGGUGCUGGGCGAAUGUUGA